CGGUGUAACUACUGACGACUUCCGUGCUUACCCACGUUUUUCUCACAGAAGAUACAAGUAUUCGUGGAUAAAGGUUGCUUUAAAAAUAUUCAGUAUGAGGCCACUUACAGAUGAAGAGACGAAAGUUAUGUUUGAGAAGCUGUCAAAAUACAUCGGAGACAACAUUAAACUUCUAGUUGACCGACCUGACGGUUCCUACUGUUUCAGACUACACAACGAGCGUGUGUACUAUAUGAGUGAGAAAAUUCUUAAGUUGGCCACAAACAUUUCCCGGGAUAAGCUCGUUUCAGUGGGAACAUGUUUUGGAAAAUUCACAAAGUCCAUUAAAUUCCGCCUGCACAUCACAGCUCUGGAUUUCCUGGCGCCCUAUGCAAAGUUCAAGGUAUGGGUGAAACCUGGACAGGAGCAGUCUUUUCUCUACGGGAACCAUGUGCUGAAAUCCGGGCUUGGCAGAAUCACAGAGAACACGAUGCAGUACCAGGGAGUCGUGGUCUACUCCAUGACGGAUGUGCCCCUGGGUUUUGGAGUGGCAGCCAAAACUACCCAGGAGUGUCGGCGAGUGGAUCCCAUGUCCAUCGUAGUGUUCCACCAGGCCGACGUAGGAGAGUUCAUCAGGAAUGAAGACACGUUAACAUAAAGAAGUAACAGCUGAACUGUCAAAUGCCCUUUUUCUUUGUCAUUUUACACCCAGUCACCGCUACUAGUAUUCUCCCCAAGAAUAUGUUUUCUUAACUGAGUGGUUGGAUAUUAAGGCCUGGUUCAGGGGCACUUUAAUAGCCGAUGUCUCAACUCCUCCAUAUUUCAAACGCAGCCUACGGACUGACAUGAAAACCCUCUGUCCACAGAAUUAGCUAGUCAUAGAGGCUCCUGUUAAGAGAAAAUGUGUUUUCUUUUGUAAAUGUCCUCUUUCAAAUAAAUCCAUAACAUAUUUGUA